UGUAUAGAUGCUGCUCAAUGAAGCUUAUCGGCCUAUGGUUCAAAGGCAAGAUAGCUUUUUGCCCAUCUCGGUUUCACAAAGAAAAACAAUAACAAUAUGGAAAAAGGUUGAGUGAAACAUUCCAUUGGGUAUGAAUUGGAUUAUACUUUUUGUCCAAGUAUGGCUAGUCCUUAGCCGGGAUGUGGGUGGCGAUAGAGGUACAGCGAAAGGGCCUGAUGCGACCCAUAUUGACCAAUCACAGACGGAAUGGGACUCUUCAACGCACGUCAGACGACUAUUUGAGAAUGAAGAAGAUACGGUAGAUGUAAAGGGAAAUAUUCCUUCAACGGAACCUCAUAUUGCUUCAGCCGCAUUAGGCAAAGGGGGCGGGGUACUUCACGAGGACAAUGCUGAAGAACGCGGCAUCAGCAACGGAACAAAAGCGUGUAUUCCAGGACUGGAUAUUGGCUUUAUUAUGGGCGGAUGUGGGUCACGAGAUUAUCAGGCAUGCGCAAACUACGCAACAUCAAUCGUCAGAAACUUGGACAUGCCAAAGACGGGCGCACGGGUUGGAACCGUGAUCUAUUCUAAGAGAUCUAUUGUCCUCUUUGACUUCAAAGACAAUAAGACUGAUAUCAUAUUGCAACUAAACACGAUCAAGUACAGAGAGAAGCCGAACAGGGCGCUCAGCACUGGGCAGGCUUUAGAGCUAGCCCAAAAAAGACUCUUCCAGAAUGCUAGACGAAAUUCCAAGAAAAUCGCGAUUCUUGUAACAGGGGAGAAGUCGCAGGAUGACGUCAUUAUACCCUCGAAGCUCAUGAAGGAUUCUGGGGUGAUAAUCUAUACUGUUGGAGUAGGGGAGGGGUAUUUUUUGCCGCAGCUUGAGAGCAUAGCAAGUUCCCCGUCGUAUGUGUAUACUGAGAAAGUGAAAGAUAUCGGAGAGCUUGCUACCAGGAUGGUUGAAGGCGUAUGUAAAGAAAAGGAGAACAUCGCCACGAAGGAAGGAUCCAAGAAAGUUAAUGUUCACGACCCAAUAACGUCCUACCUGAAUUUCAUCAAAGGACAAAACGAGCCAGAACCAUCAUGGAUGGGUGACUCGUGGGAGGCCGCCCUCUACCAAAGUGACCGAGAUCAAGAGCACGAAACUCCACAAGACGAGUACAAUGGUGACGAGGACCCCCCGCCAGGUACACCCGAAUACUACGAGAUAUUAGUCAACGGCGUUCCUAACGGGCAUUACCAAGAGAAACAGCCAAUAAGGGACGACUAUUCGCCGCAGGACCAGUACUCGGAGGAUAGGGACCAAUACGAAGAUGAGGCAAAUGAUGAUGACUUUUUGCAUCGGCACGGUGCAUAUAACAAUUAUAGACCGGGUCAUGGCUUAUAUAGUAAUGACGGUAAUAAUGAUGAUGCUCAUUUUGGAGAUAGUGGUAGACAUGACAACUUCAAUGAUGAUAUCAGCAAUGACGGAAAUCUGAAUGGUGGGGGAGCUAACAACAACAACAACAAAAACAACAACUACAAUAGUGGUAUUAACAAUAACAACAACAACAACUAUAAUAGUGGUAGUAGUAACGGUAGGAAUACAAAUAAUGGGAACAAUAACAAUGCCGGAACGAGCAAUGUAGGAAAUAACGGAUUUACAAACAAUGGGGUUAAUAACAAUAACGGAAAUUCUAAUAAUGGCGGUAAUGAUAAAGGCGGAAACACCAAUGGAGGAAAUAACAAUGGCGGAAAUAAUGGCGGUAACAAUAAUGGUGGAAAUACUGGCGGAGAUAACAAUGGUGGAAAUAACUAUGGCGGAAAUAACAAUGGAGGAAAUAACAAUGUAGGAAAUAACAAUGGCGGAAAUAACAAUGGAGGAAAUAACAAUGGCGGAAAUAACAAUGGAGGAAAUAACAAUGGAGGAAAUAACAAUGGAGGAAAUAACAAUGGAGAAAAUAAUGGCGGUAAUAAUAAUGGCGGAAAUAACAAUGGAGGAAAUAACAAUGGCGGAAAUAACAAUGGAGGAAAUAACAAUGGAGGAAAUAACAAUGGAGAAAAUAAUGGCGGUAAUAAUAAUGGCGGAAAUAAUGGCGGAAGUAACAAUGGAGGAAAUGAUGGCAGUAAUAAUAAUGGCGGAAAUACUGGCGGUAACAAUAAUGGCGGAAAUACUGGCGGUAACAAUGGCGGAAAUACUGGUGGUAACAAUAAUGGCGGAAAUACUGGUGGUAACAAUAAUGGUGGAAAUACUGGCGGUAACAAUGGCGGAAAUACUGGCGGUAACAAUAAUGGCGGAAAUACUGGCGGUAACAAUAAUGGUGGAAAUACUGGCGGUAACAAUGGCGGAAAUACUGGCGGUAACAAUAAUGGCGGAAAUUCUGGCGGGAGCAAUAGCCACAGCGGGGAGGUAACUAUUCAGCCAGGAGGAGGGCAGACUAUUAGCGUGAAUCCAUCGAUACCGAUACAGAUACUACCAAUACCAAUACAGACAAUGGUACCACCCCCACCACCCCCGCCACCGCCACCGCCACCCCCUCCUCCCCCGCCACAACCAUCUACUCCUCCUCCUCCACCACCAUCUACUCCACCUGUACAGCAGUCUGGUGCACCAGGGAGCCCGGCUGGUUCUCCAUCCGGGACAUCUGCUGGUAACCCCCAGCAGCAACCACCUCCACCAGGCCAGCUACCUGGACAGCAACCAGGCCAGGCAGGUGGCCGGCCUGGUCUGAAUCCACAAGGACAGGUUACCACGGCAACCACAGCUCCCUCUUCAAACCCCAAUGAAUCAACAACGCCGACAACCGGUGGCCAGCCUGGUCCGAAUCCACAAGGACAGGUUACCACGGCAACCACAGCUCCCUCUUCAAACCCCAAUGAAUCAACAACGCCGACAACCGGUCCAACAACAGGAACCACAGCCCUCCCCCCAGGGGUAACUACAAUAACUACACCGGCAACUGCUACUACACCCCUUCCCCCAGGUGUAACCACCCCUGCAGGGACUGGAGAAGGACCAGAUGGAAAAGGGGGUGGGUCCAGCAAUCCUAGUCCAGGAAAAAACGGGACUGGAACCAUGAGACCAGGAGGGGGAGGACACGGCUCCCCUGGGAACGAAACGGAAGAGAAUGAAGAAGAGAGUUCUGACGGGUGGUACCCAGGGGGAGAAGCUGGAAUAAUCAUGCUCCCUAGAGUACAGCCUCAAGUGGUAUUUCCCUACCCUAUAGGAGCGCACCCAUCCCUUCAGAGAAUUCCAAGGCCCCAUCGCAUCCGCCGACCCUUAAGCUGGCCCAAGUACCCAUACGGCCCCUCGCACUACCGGCAGACCCCUUACUGGCCACGCCCUCAUCCCAGACGUGCCCCUCAUCAGUACCCCGUGUGGCCAAGACCUCCUUGGGGAGGAUCUAUGAUGCUUAAUUUGAACACCGAAACGAGCGGGAAGAAGCACUUUGCUGGGAUGCCUGUGCGGGACCAUGGAACGCCGCUAGUUGGGAACAAACAUAUUCUUAUUGGUCAGUGCCAGGAUCUCGACCCUUCCUGUGAGUCUAAGAGUCUGUCUGGAGGCUGCGACAGCGAGGAGGUUCAGCAGGACUGCAGGCGCUCGUGCGGACUUUGUAGAACGUUUGUAAAAAUCGGGAGUCGUGUCGCUUUGGAUGUUCGCGCAAAAGCUCCUCGACACGACGACAAAGACGAGAAGAAAACAAAUAAAAAAGAAAUGGACGAUACUUUACCCACUUAUCCCAAAAACUACCCUGAAUACAACAACAAUUUUCUACGAACAGUAAUUCAGAGACAUUCAGCGCGACGCAGAGACGAGAAGCGCAGUUAGAGUAAAUCUACACAUAAGUAGAAAAUUAAGGGAUUUUCUAGCCUUUAUUUGAAAGUUGGGCUUCCUGUGUUUUGGGUUCAAGAGAACUUGGAGACUGAGGCCAAGCCGCAGGAAGCCCGCAUUAAAGAAACGCGAAUUAUUUUAUCUCCCCUUUUCUUUUCUGGAAGGAGAUGCCUUAUCUCCAAAGGAAGCUGAUAAUAGACGAGUUUGUUGGACAGAAAAGUGCAAGAGUAGUGAUCUAUAAAGAAUUCUGCAGAGUUCAUUCCAUUCUGUUUCAAUUAUAGGUUUUAUUUUAA